ACGUUGUGUGUCUCAGCGUCAUACGGGGAGGGAGGUUAUCUCAAACCAUCACUCGUCACGCUUGCCUGGACUGCGUGUCGUUUGUUGUCUCACUGUUACAGUAGGACGAGUCUCAUCCAGAUCGUAUACAAUUGCAGCCAAAUCAUGAAUGCAACUCUAUUUCUUUUUAUUUGCAACUUAAGCAGAAGUAGAUGUCCCGUUUGCUUGGGCAAACGUGACAUUUCCUAGAAAGUGCUUCGGUGUUUCGCCGUAUCCAGCGCAACUCAUAGCAGAGACAGGUGAACUCGAGAUAUGCCACUUGACAAGACCGAUGGGUUACUUUGCAAACUCAACGUGAAACUGGACACUUUUUUGAAGAGAAACGCCGAGCGGGAUGUUUACGAGCGGAUUCGUGCCUAUGAGCCCUGCAUCGUGGUCUCGGACUCCAUCAACAAGGUGUUCAUGCACGUCGUAUUGAGCGACGACAGCAUAUACCUGACGGAGUAUCCCCCGCGCACCAUCCGACAGGCGGUGUGCUUCAGAGACAUCGUUGACGUUGAGUUGGUCAACGACUUCCCAGACUUCCUCAGUGGUCAGGAGCGUGAGCGUUCACAGCACAUUCGCAUCGUCUACACAACCACAAAGCAUGCUGGGAAGAAGGGCCUUAGACUCCGAGGAUGGAGGGCGACCAAAGCGGAAUCUCCCAGAGACCCGACUGAAGGUAUUGGCGGUGUGCUCUUAUCCACCAACUCUGCUCCUCCUGAGGAGAUGCACUGGAGAAUCACUUCCUCGUCCAGGCUUGGUGUACAUGAAGAAGACUCUCCCUCCCUGAGGAAGCUCCGCUCGGCUUCCUGUCCGAACCCCGACACCCUGGGGCUGCCCCCGCUCCCCCGGGCCUCUCACUCCGCCGCCUCCUCCCCACCUCCCUUCUCCAGCCAGGGGGGCGCCGGGGGGCGUCUGGGCCCAGUACAGGCUACCCUGGGCAGGGCUACCCUUCUGGGCCGACUGCUGAAGAUGGAGGGAGAGGAGGGGGUGGGGAUGGACAGAGAGAGGGAGGCGGAGCUACACCUGUACGCGGUGUCACUCACCUCACGCAUCUACCUCCACCUGCAGAGCUCCUGGAGCAGCUAUGUUAUUAGAUCUACACUAAUGUUGGAUCCUUUCUAUAAGAGGAGGUGCAGUAUAUCUCCCUCCUCACCUCAGAAAUAUUACAAGAUAAGCUGGGAGCGAACGGCCCACCUGUUCCAUCAGCUGAGUGGGGAACUCCUCCAUGAAGACCUCGGGCUGGAGAGCCUCUACCUCCUGCUGCAGGAACUCAACACGGCAGCACACCGCUGUGUCACCAUCAAGAAGCUCUUCUGGAGGUCCAGUGACUUGUGUCCCUUCCUGGUGAAAACUCUGACCAGCACCCUGCGUGAGGCCGACACAGGAGUUCACACCACAGACAGACUGCUGCUUUGCACACUCAUCGUUCAGACUCUUGGUCUGAUGUUCAGGGAGAUGGAGGUGGAGCCAGCGCGACUCAGCAUGCUGACAGCCAAUCAGGGAGCGCUAACAGCGAGCCUGCUGCUAGCCCUGGUGUGUCACCCAGACUUGCAGUUUCCCCCGCAUGACUCUGACUCAGACGAGAUGGAGCACAGCCCAAACACACACGUGGAGUUGCAGAUCUUGCAGGCUGAGUAUCUGGCUGCUGCUGCUGCCCUGUUCUUUGAGAUCAUAGUGGUUUGUCAAGAGGCUAGCCGUACGCCAAGCCUUGAACACUUCCUGACGGUUGGCUGGGUGUUUAGAACUCUCAAGCCUCAGCCCAGUACUAUGCACUUUGUGGGCUAUCAGACCCAUCAAGUGGUCCUUGUUCUGUCUGGAUCUCAGCCUGUCAUGAGCCCGUCUCAGGUGGUUCUGUUGUACCAGCGCUGCCGGGUCCUUCUGGCCUGCCUUCAGUACAGCAGUACCCUGAGCAAGUUCAUCAGGUCCGAGUUCAGAGAGGAGUUCAGGUACUAUGUAAAAGCAUCAGGGUCAGUGAAGAAGCUGCCUCCCAGCUACCCCAUCAGUCAGCCAGCCCAGCGCCUUCUCUCACAGCUCCUCUCAUUGGUGCUUUGCCAGUCCUGAACCCUGAUUGGCUCCGCAUUCACCUCAACUCUGCUGCUAUUGGCUUACUGACUUCAGCCCGGGUCAUAAGCCACACCCCUCAUUUUCAUUCAAGGAACUCAGAGCAUCCAGUGUCACACAAUUCCUAGGACAGUGUGCUAUGAGUGUAUGAGUGUGUGAAAAAGAACAUAUGUAGUGAAGAGAAGUCUCUCACACACACACACACACA